GAUUUCUUGGUAAAGUAAGGCAAUUGAUUAUAAGUUGAGUUAAACGACGAUUAACACGAUCAAAGAAUGAUCUUCAAGAUGAAGUCUUGCACAGUUUUGUUAUACCUGAUACUGUGUGCAUCACCAUUUGUAAUGACACAAUCACAAGCGUAUGUAAUGCCUUAUCCGGGCGAUUGCAGUAUGUAUCAACAAUGCGAUGUAAGUGGUUGUUUUGUGAUGCGUUGUGGUAUAGGAACAGAAUUUAAUCCAGCUAUAGGUACCUGUGAUUAUCCCCUGAGAGACCGUACGGGAUGUAAUAAUCGUGGAUGAGAAUUAUUUAGUUCACAAGAAGUUAUUGUAAAGAUACAGAAUUAUUUUUAAAUAUUUCAUUCCUGUUUAAACGAUCGAUACUUGUCAUAUUGUGUAAAUAAAAUUAUAAUAUUAAUUUAAA